AAAAGAUCGGCGCUCUGCGAGACGCUCUGACCUUCCGCGCACACACGAAAAUGCAGCCCCACAAAUGCGCCCUCCUCCAUCGAUCGGCUACCUGCGAGUCAGUGAGUCUUGUACCCCCACAGCUGGUGAUAUUUUUCUGCCCGCCAAAAGUCGCCAUGCUUCGCACUGACGAUCUCGGUGACAAUGGGGCUGCUGUACUCCUUCUGGGCCUCUCCCUUGGCCUCCUCAGCUGUCUUUCGCUGCUCAUCCGAAUGCACAAAGAUGACGGACCGGUACUGUGAACCUACAUCAGGGCCCUGAGAAAGACACACAGAGAGAGAGGUACGGUACGCAUGAGUGUGCUGUCCUGUGCUGCGUCCUCUCCGUCCUUUGCCCAUGUACCUGCUGGUUCUUGGUCGUGGGAUCGUGAGCUUUGGUGAAGAAGAACUUGCACAGCUGCGCAUAGCUGACUUUGUCAGGGAAGAAUUCGAUCUGCACCGUCUCGGCGUGGCCUGUGGUGCCCGUGGAGACCUCCGUGUACGUCGGAUUGGCCUUGCUGCCGCCCAUGUACCCCACCGACGUGCUCUUCAACUUUGUGCCGAACUGGUCACGGAAGCUCCUGCAAUCCAAAACAAAAGCAGAAGGCGUCCACUACAUCAUUGCUGCGUGCCGUUGCUUACUGCUCCAUGCCCCAGAAGCAGCCGCCAGCGAAAGACGCAUACUCGGACGGCUUGCCUCUAUCGGCCCCCUCGACGUAAUUUGGCUCGGUGGCGGGUUGGUCGUCGGCUGGCGAGAAUGACGUCCAGAAAGAGCUGCUCACGCCCCUGCAUGAAGGACAGACAGGGCAAACAGUGAACACAGGCAGGAAGAGUGAUACUAUUGUUCGACUCAUGGGGUCCGACUUACUUUGCGGCGGUGAAUACGAGAGCAGAAAUGAAGACGAGCAUAGACCAGCGAAACAUCAUC